CGAGCGAGUACUCAUGGCGCCCCUGUGGUCGCGCCCCGCCGCCGCGACCGAGAACGCGCCGGCAGAAGACGUCGAAUCCAGCGACUGCGGCAUCUGCUUCCUCCCGUUCGAUUGCGAAGCGCCGCCGAUCUUCCAGUGCGACGCCGGGCAUGUGAUCUGCUCGUCCUGCCGGGACAUGCUGGAGCAGCCGGAGGGAAGGUGCCACGUGUGCUGCGGCAAGGCCGCUUGCCGCGGAUCCCGCCGGGCCCACGGCCGCGACGUCUGGCCGGAAUACUACGGCUCACGCAUCCGCAGCCGCGCGCGCCGUGGACCGUGCCGCUGCCCCGGCGACUGCGACUUCGUCGGCUCCGCGGCGGAGCUUCUCUGCCACUUCGUCAGCGUGCACAACUGGCCGUGCACCAACGGGGUGCUCGCCGGGGACACCAUCUCCGUCCGCCUCCGGGAUGGCGUCAACAUCGUCGCAGUUGACUGCGUCGCCGCCUCCGACGACGACGACAACCGCCGGGGCAUCGCCGGACGGUACCUGCUCGCGCUGGUGGUGGUCGAGCUGGAGGAUGAGGGCGUGACGAUGGGCCGCAGCGUCUCCGGUUUCUGCAUCCGCCCCCGCGUGGCCGCCUUCGACCGGCGCUCGUUGUGGCCAGCCAAGGACGCGCAGUGCCAGCUCUGCCUCUCCUACACGCGCAACGUCUACGCCGCCGCCAAUGACGGCAUUCUGGUGCGGCGCCACCACCAGAAGACCAACGCCAGCGUGGCCUGCAGCGAUCUCGCCCGUGGGCUGCCUGGCCGCGACGGCUGGUUCAAGGCCGAUGUCUUGCUGUCCGACGACCUCGACGACAACGAGGAGACCGUCGAGGUCAACCUUAGGAUUAUCAUCAGCUAGAUCGGUGCUGGUCGUGGGAGAGGAAACGAUUUGGGAUGUGGACUGAGAUCAAAAGAUCUUGUUAGGAUUUUGGUGAUACCCCUGCCAGGGGUUAUUAUGUUACUUCGUAACAGUAUGAUGCAGUGAUCCGCUUUGUCUCGAGCAAUCGAGCAUGCUGUGUCGAUCACCUUCUUGGAUUAUUUGUGAA